AUGUGUCACCACACGACCCAGCCGCUGCACACGCUGCUUGCGGCCCUGCCCAAGUGCGAACACCACAUGCACGUCGAGGGCUCGCUGUCGCCCGAGCUGCUCUUUGAACUCGCCCAGCGCAACGGCGUCGCCCUGCCGCCCGUGUCCGAGGACGCCGCGUUUGCGUCCGUCGAGGCCCUCUAUGCCCGCUACGCCCGCUUCACGUCGCUCGACGAUUUCCUGCACUACUACUACAUCGGCAUGUCCGUGCUGCAGACGGCCGCCGACUUUGAGGCCCUCGCCAUGGCCUACUUUGAAAAGGCCCACGCCGCCAACGUGCGCCACGCCGAGAUCUUCUUCGACCCGCAGGUCCACCUGGCCCGCGGCGUGUCGCUUGCCGACGUUGUGCGCGGCCUGCGUGCCGCCAGCCGCCGUGCCACGGCCGAGCUGGGCGGCAUGACGUGCCUGCUGAUUCCGUGCCUGUUGCGCCACCUGCCCGUCGCCGACAGCGGCCAGCUGGUGGCGCAGCUGCGCGAGGGCUACUGGGCGGACGGCGACGAGGCGGCACAGGAGGCGGCGGUCGUGCAGGCGCUGGACGCGGCCUUUGACAGGGAGGCGGACGCGGAUUCGCUGCGCGGCGCGCUGGCGGGGCUGGGCCUCUGCUCGUCGGAGCGCGAUCUGCCGCCGACGCUGUGGCGCGAUGUGUUCCGGGAAGCGAGACGGCACAGCGUGUCGGCCCCAGACGGGUCGACAACAAGAUCGACAAAAAAACCCGCCCGCCGCGGUGCCACCCGCAUCACCGCCCACGCCGGCGAGGAGGGCCCGGCCGAGUACGUUGCCCUCGCCCUCGACCACCUGGGCGCCCAGCGCAUCGACCACGGCAUCGCCGCCGCCACCGACACGGACCUCAUGGCCCGCCUGGCCGCCGACCAGAUCCUGCUGACCGUGUGCCCCCUGUCCAAUGUCUGCCUCAAGGCCGCGCCGUCCGUCGCCGACGUGCCCAUCCGCGUCUUCUUGGACGCCGGCGUGCCCUUCUCCAUCAACUCGGACGACCCGGCCUACUUUGGCGGCUACAUCCAGGAGAACUACUGCGCCGUGCAGGACGCGCACAACCUGGCCGCGGCCGACUGGGCCACGAUUGCGCACAAUGCCGUGCGCGGCAGCUGGUGCGACGAGGCGCGGAAGACGGCCAUCCGGAACGAGAUUGAUAGCGUCAUGGCGGCCUGGGAGGCGGGCACCUUGUCUGCACCCAAGGCGUAG